GAAGGGCACUCUAGGGAGACGGGGCUGGGGGGACCCCCUCUUCUCUGCCCGCUGCCCAUCCAGAGGGGCUGCUCCCCACACCCGGGCCGGCCCUGCGCCAGGCUCACAGAGGCGGGAAGUGUGCCCAGCAGCCUGUCUAUUCUCCUGGUACAAAGUCCGUGGGAAACAACCACGCCCCUGUGGAGGGUGUACAGGCAGUUUCCCUUUGCCCAGCUGGCCCACUGCCCACCAGGCAGAGAGGCCCGCCCCCUCCCACCUUCAUAAAAGCACCCCCAGGGCCCCGCCUGGGCCAGUGCCACGGCCACGGCAGCACCAUGGAGGACGGCUCCCGGCACCUGGUGGCUCUGAUCCUCCUCGGGGUGGCCAUGUGUGCGGCACAGCCCCGCGGCCGGAUCCUGGGCGGCCGAGAGGCCGCGGCCCACUCGCGGCCCUACAUGGCAUCCGUGCAGGUGAACGGCAAGCACGUGUGCGGAGGCUUCCUGAUGGCCGAGCAGUGGGUGAUGAGCGCAGCCCACUGCCUGGAGGACGUGGCCGACGGGAAGGUGCAGGUGCUCCUGGGCGCGCACUCCCUGUCGCAGCCAGAGCCCUCCAAGCGCCUGUACGACGUGCUCCGCGCAGUGCCCCACCCGGGCAGCCGGCCUGACACCAUCGACCACGACCUCCUCCUGCUGCAGCUCUCCGAGAAGGCCGUGCUAGGCCCCGACGUGCAGCUCCUGCCCUGGCAGCGCGAGGACCGCGACGUGGCGGCCGGCACUCUCUGCGACGUGGCCGGCUGGGGCGUGGUCAGCCACACCGGCCGGCGGCCCGACCGCCUGCAGCACCUACUCCUGCCGGUGCUCGACCGCGCCACCUGCAACCUGCGCACGUACCACGACGGCACCAUCACCGAGCGCAUGAUGUGCGCGGAGAGUAACCGCAAGGACACCUGCAAGGGCGACUCCGGAGGCCCGCUGGUGUGCGGCGGCCUGGCCGAGGGCGUGGUCACCUCGGGCUCGCGGGUCUGCGGCAACCGCAAGAAGCCCGGCGUCUACACGCGCCUGGCGAGCUACGCGGCCUGGAUCGACGGCGUGCUGGCGGAGGACCCGGCCGCCUGAGGAGGGCCGAGGGGCGGCGGCCGCGGGGGCCCGAGCAAUAAAGUCAGCCA